UGCGCUGACGAUUUCAGAAGUCAUUCGAAUUCUAGUCAUUCGUUACCUUCGUUACCUUCAUUUCAGAAGUCAUUCGUUACCUUCGAGAUAGGGUAAAAAAAACACCGACUCAACCGUCACAAGACGGAAGAACAGUCAUGAAUCUCAUGACGUUAGCCAGCGUGAUGACCUUUCUGUCAUUUUCAAUCCCAACGACAGCCAAAAAACCAGAAGAAAACUACACUGUCUGUUGUGAUCCCGUCUGUUUCGAACGAGCGAAGCUGAUAAACGAGUCGCUCAACACGAGCGUCCAGCCUUGCGACGAUUUCUACUCGUACGCCUGCGGCGGGUGGAUGAAGAACCACGAAAUACCAGAGGAAAAGUCGAGUACCGGGAACAUCUACCUGCUGAGGGAUGAACUGCAAGAGACUCUGAAAAGCAUAUUCGAAAACAUCACGCUCGUAGAGCAGAACCAGAAUAUAACGGACAAGGUUGGUGCUGCCUACAAUGCCUGUGUAGAAGUUCCGGCAAAGCAAGAUCAACUUGAAGUUCUGCACAAAAUAAUGAAUCGUUCAGGAUUUGGUCAGUGGCCUAUAGAUCCUACAGACCGAAAUAUAUCUACCGUUAUAGGAAACUGUACUGACGUGCUUAAAGACAUUCCUAUUUAUACCUUGUUUCCAUUCUACGUUGACAGAGAUGUCCAAAACCUCACGUCUUACGUGAUUCAGAUAGACCAAUUACGUUUUAAAACGGUGGGCAGGAAUCAGCUAAUUCAUCCCAAUGCAUCAACAAACGUUAAUAUAACAACGGCUUACAAGAAGGUUGUAAAGACGGCGCUGCGACUCAUGAAGCCAAAUUUCAGCGAAGACGUACUAUCUGGGCUCGCAGACACGCUUGUGCAUUUUGAAGGACAGUUGGCCAACCUGACCACACCCCCGGAAGAAAGGCGCAACCUCCUGGAUAUUUAUGAAAGAACUACUAUCGGGGAAUUACAAAAGAAUUUCACUCAGAUUCCACUGCUGCAUAUGCUCAAUAAACGGUUUUCCCUGGUGAACAUUACGUUAACAGAAAACGAAACAGUAGAACUCUACGCUAAGGAGUACUACAGUAAAUUAGACCAAUUUCUCCAAUGCGUUGACUGCAACACUCUGUUCAACUUCGCUGGACUGCGAGAGAUUCUCGGUUGGGCUGCGAGCGCCUCGGAAAGCUUUCGCAAUGCUUCAUUCGAGCUGGAGCAAGUGUCUUCGGGAAUCCGAGUCGAGAAGGCCAGAUGGAAGACGUGUGUCGACACAAUGAACGAAAUGAUGCCAGAGAUCGUCGGCUACCUCUACGUGCUGCAAAAUUUCCGCCAGGAAGCUAAGGAAGAGGUGGAAGACCUUGUUAAGAGGCUCAUGACGACAUUCAACGAAACAAUCCAAAACAACACCUGGAUGGACAGUCAAACUCGAUCCGCUGCACAAGACAAGUUGGCGAAAAUGGGUUCGAAAAUUGGAUACCCCAAAUGGCAACUCAACGUAACAUAUCUUGAGCAGCUUUACAAACAGGUACCAAACCUAAAUCUGAGCAGUUCCUUCUUGGACAUGUCUUAUUACAUUAGCGAAAACAACGACAUGCGAAAACUGCUGAUGUUACGACAGCCAUAUGACAAGGAAAAUGUCUGGUCCAGAGGAGGAGCCGCAGUUGUGAACGCUUUCCACAAAAAAGAUUCCAACGAAAUGGUGUUUCCUUCGGGUAUACUUCAAGGUGUGAUGUAUCAAUAUGGUCUUCCACGUUCUCUCAGCUUUGGAGCUAUCGGCAUGGUAGUCGGACAUGAAAUGACACACGGCUUCGACGACAGAGGAAGCCAGUAUGAUGCAGAAGGCAGGCUGCAGCAAUGGUGGACCAACGAAACACGCAAGAAAUUUAAUGACAAGGCUAAGUGCUUCAUCGAGCAGUACGGGAACAUCACCGACGAAGAGGCCAACAUGACGCUGAAUGGGAAAAACAGUGUCGGCGAAAACAUUGCCGACAAUGGCGGUAUUCGAAUGGCCUACAAGGCUUAUGAAAGAUUACUGCAAGAAGAAUGUCGUGGUGAAGACACUCGCCUACCUGGAUUAACAAACUUAUCUGGAAAGCAACUAUUCUUUAUUGCAGAAGCAAUGGUAUGGUGCAGUCGAUAUCGUAAAGAGAGGCGACAGUCUCAAAUUCAGUAUGACCCACACAGCCCUGAAAAAUACAGAGCAAACAUACCAAUGCAAAACAUGGAAGAAUUUUCCGCGGUAUUCAACUGUACUGAUGGUUCGAAGAUGAAACCAGAGCAACGGUGCAAGUUAUGGUAAAUUGUGCUAGUCCAGGAUAAUACAAGCAACGCAGAAAGAAGGAGGUCAAGAUGGCAAAUCACGUUACAUGGAUUAGACAAGUGACAUUCGUGCUAAAUAAUCAACUUCCCAACUAAAGGAUUUCAUUACUUAUUAAACAAUACAACA